GUCAUGAUGGUCAAAUGCUACUGUACAACAGAAGCUCUGGAAACCCUCCUUAGAAACAUCGCCGGUCUCCAAGUCCAUCAACAACGAGCGCAGUUCGUUCUUCAACGAUAUCGAUCCUUCAGCACCCGAGCACCUCUGCGCCAGGUGGAGACCGCCAAUGCCGGAACUGUCGAAGUUGGCUUCGUCCCUUCGGAGAUGACUAGAAAGCUGCAGCAAUCCGUUGUGCAAAGCCGUGUGGUCCAGGAAAAAGAUGCAGAGCAGAGCGAUCAGACUGUUGCCGGCAGCGCAGAUGGGAAAGAUGGGUCAGUAAAUCCGCAGUCGCACGCGGACAUCGAUACCAAUGGCGGAGUCGUAGCGAAUGGUCACACGAGCACACAUCGCGCAGUUCCAUCGCCUCUCGCAGAUGAGGAAACAUUGCCAGAAUUGGUCAAGCCAGCUGCGCAAAAGUCUCUUCCGCGUGAUCAAAAGGUGCAGCGCAAUGCUUCCACAGAGGCUAGGAGGUUGCGCAAAGAACGGCGUAUGUGGGAAGGAAAAUACAAGCCGACCAGUGUCGCGAGAAUGGCUCAAAGAGAAGGGCAGAGAGAGACUCCGACACAACAAAUUAUUGCAGAAGAGCACAGCGAAGAUUCCAACCAGGUGCAACACGUUCUCGCAAAACUUGAUCAAGAACUGGGCGGCCCUUCCAUCAUCCAAGCCCAACAGCAACGCGCUGAAAGGCUUGCCUCCCAGUCCAGCGAGAAGAACCGCAAAGCGCGGAUGAUAGCUGCCGAGAAACACGAAGAAAAACAGCGAGCUACCGCAGAGGCAGAAGCGCAGCGCAGGAAGCAAAUGGAACCCUGGAUGCGAGAUAAAGCCGCUCUCCAGAACAAAUUCGGCGCCAAAGGUUGGGCGCCCAACAAACGCCUGUCUCCCGAUUCACUCGAAGGUAUUCGAGCCCUUCACAAGUCCGAUCCCGAGACAUAUAAUACCGCCAUGCUCUCUGAGCACUUCCAGAUCACGCCCGAAGCGAUUCGAAGAAUUUUGAAAUCGAAGUGGAAGCCACAGCCGGAGGAGAUUGAGAAAAGAAUGGAAAGGUGGGAAGCUCGAGGUGUCAAGAAGUGGCAAGAGAUGAGUGAAUUGGGCAUGAAGCCCCCCAAGAAAUGGCGAAUGCUGGGGGUUGCUAAUCCGAAGCUGGAAGGGAGGCCCGUGAAGAAGUGGGAAGACCAGAGAAUUGAGGCUCCAAUCGACCAGCGAACAGGAAGGAAGGGGAGAUGGCGUGACCGUGAACGACAACAGACGGACCCAGAGACCAGUCUCGCCCAUCGGCUGUAGUUUACAUAAGUCUCAGCCAACUUAUCGCGUCCAGCGCGUUGUUGAGAUUCCUAGGAAUGUUUAUCUGUUGGCAACAGGUAUCAACUGCUCCUUUAUCGCUGGUAACAUGUCUCAAGGAUAGUAUUAUAUCAGACCAAUCUUUUCUGGAUCAGUAAGCGGAUGCACG